CUUUGUGCAAGCACCUAACCAUGCAGGUAGGUGGUACGCCGGCAAACCCCAUCCUCUCACCAGAUAACAAGCGAGGCCCAUUCUUGGGGUGAUCCAAUAUAUAUGCUGCAACUUCUCUCAAAGCCCCUUCUCCAACCCUUGUUCCCCUCUUCAAUCCUUCACCAUCUUUGGAUACAGGUAAUCCUUGGGGAUUAUUCACAGCCAUUGGCUCCUCAUCAAUGGGCUUGAAAACGGAGGCAAAUUCAAGACCCUCUUUUUCCUGCAUAAAAUAAGUUCCUCCUGUUCCUUCAGAUGAUCUGAGAGGCUGAUGCCCUCUCUCCAAACCAUCAGACGUAGAAUUAAUCAUGUCCCAAAUGAAAGAGGGCAAUUUGACAUUAGUAUUUUGCCAACACACCAGAGUAUAAGCACCUUGCUCACAGAAUGGGUUCUGAGCAUCUUGCAAAGGUGCUCUCAAAGCAUUUGGAAACUGUGAUCAAGUCCAGGAUCCCUGGCAUUCAGUCCCUUAUUAGUAAAACCAUUGCUGAACUUGAAGCUGAAUUGAGUCGUCUUGGAAAGCCUAUUGCUGCUGAUGCAGGAAGGGAGGUAGCGAUUAAUUUUGGCGAUUAAAGUGAGAGUCGGCAUAUGCCGGAAGAUUGGUGGUUUGUAAAUGGCGCUGCGAUCUUCUCGGCGAUUAAAAGGGGGUCGUCGUCGGUAAGGGAGAAAGUGAAGGAAACGGUAAUAUAGCCGUUGUCAGUUG